AUGACUAGAAGAUUCUUUGGGAAAGAACCUUCGAUGCCACUGUCCAAAGGUGUUUCACAGCUGUCGACGAGAGGACAGAUGGAAAGGCGGCGGCCACCGUUUCUAAGAGGGCCUAACAAGACGAAAGAGACGGACAAGAACGCAGGUAGUAAAAUGGACUCUUCAAGAACUAUCGUCAGUGGUGCAGGUGAUCGUGUAGAUGAGGAUGAUUUGUCUCCAGAUGCAUUAGUCAGACAGAAUUUUGAACUGCGUCACAGACUAGAAGAGGAAGCUUCUAAUUAUAAGAGGAGGUUGGAUACAUAUAGGCAGGCACAGCAGCAUCAGGCAGCUCUUGUUUCGCGUUUGCAAGCAAAAGUCUUACAAUAUAAACAAAGAUGUUCAGAACUUGAGAAUCAGAUGGUAGAAUCUGGUGCAUUUGAUUCUAAUAAACUUUCAAGUUCAGUACCAGUAGUCACUACUCCUUUAGAUGCAGCACAUCAGACAUUAAGAGAAAUUCGUGACGAACAGAUUCAUGAUUUAGAUACAGCCCUAAAGAAACUUGCAGAGGAACGUAAAAGAUGUGAGAAAUUGUUACAACUUAACACAACUUUGAAAGACCAGUUGGAAGAAUCACAUCAAACGAACGAGGCGCUCACCAAUGACCUACAGAAGUUAAGUAAUGAUUGGGACAUACUGAGAGAAGAAUUGGCUAUUAAAGAAGAAGAAUGGAGGGAAGAGGAGCAAGCAUUUAAUGAAUAUUAUACUUCAGAGCACAAUAGAUUAUUAAACCUUUGGCGCGAUGUCGUCUCUGUAAAACGAUUAUUUGCAGAGAUAAAAUCUAAUACAGAAAGAGACUUAACAAAGAUGAAAAAUAGUAUCAAUUUUACUUUUAAUGACGUUUCAUCGGCUUGUAGUAACACAGGAUUCGCUAUGAAAAUGCAAGCAGCUGUACAGCCAAUGAUAUCGCCACAAGUUCAACAGGCACAGGAACAAUUAACAACCGACUUGAAAAUCGAAUUAACAACCCUUAAGCAACAGUAUGAUAUAGCUCAAAAUGAGAUUCGUAUAAAGGAAGAAAAAAUUAAUCAGCUUAUUCGAGAUGUCCAUACUUUGGAAGAAAAAUGUGGGGAGGCAGAAGCCGAAGUGCAUCGCAAUGGACGUAUACAGGACGACGUGGAAAUUUUACAAUCUGCAUUGAGAGACAUAGCACACGCGGUGAUCCAAGAUGCAGAAGCUCGAGAGAUUGAAAGUACUCAAGCGCCUCCUCACUUGCAUCUAUCCCCCAGCGCUCCUAUUCCUCAAAGAUCGCCAAAAAGAGGUACAAGAAGUAACGCCAUUCCAGCCUUUGCUGAAAGUACAAUCAGUGCUGUGCAAGCAGCUCUACAUAAAUAUCAGUUGACUAUACACGAGCUCCAGGUAAAGUUACAAACUAACAAGGAACAAUUGGUUACGACUCGAAAACAAUGCGAAAAUGCCGAAGAAAAUAUUAAAACCUUAGAGAAACGGGUAGAGGAGUUGAUCUCUGAAUUGGAUUCCGCUCGGUCGCAGUGUUCACAACUGAGUCAAGAGAAAGAUAUGCUACAAAAGGGUCUUGAUACCGUAAGGGUGGAGAAAAAUGCACUUGACAAAAGUAGAGUUGAAAUCAACAGUAUGAUGGAGACUUUGAACAACGAUUACGAAAAGCUACAGAAAGCUAAUAACAAAUUACAAAAACUCUGUGAUAAUCUCGAGGAUGAGAAACUGUAUCUUCAAAGCGAAUUGAAUAGAGUUUCCAAAGAAACAGAAUUGAGGGAACUGAAUCUCCGUUCAGAGGAAGACCGAUGUAGCAAAAUGAGGGAAGAGUUGUUAACAUUACGGGAAGAAUUGAAUAAAGCGUAUCUUGCCAAAGAUAUGUUGGAACAACAGAAAUUGGAAACGGAUGGUUUAAUUUCACAAAUUGAAAAGAGUAAAGGUGACUUGGAAUUAGAAUUAGAACGCGUAAUAUUGGAGAAGUCGGACGUACAAGAAGUUUUAAUGAAGUUAGAAACAAUUUACAGUAAUCACGAGCAAGAGAAACAACGAUUGCAGGAAGAACUGAAGAAGGUGACAGAAGAGAAAAAUAAGUUGGCAAGUCAGUGUACGGAUCAGCAAGGUGAUUUGGGCUCUUUAAGAAAGGAACUGCUUCAAGCGGAACAGACUAGACUCGAUUUGGAAUCGGAGAAAGCCACGUUGAAUGAGAAAGUGAAGUUUUUGGAAAUUGAAAAGGAGAAGAUCGAAAUAGAAUUAGCACAGAUUACACGUGAACGUGGGGAUCUGAGCAAUCAAUUGUCGGUUUUGGCGCGAAAGAAAGAAACGUUAAAUGAAGAAUUGAUGAGAGUCAGACAGAGAUUGGAACAGGCAAAUGAAAUGAAUGGGAGAAUCAAUCGAAAUUUGGAGGAUCUUGUGAAAGACAAUGAAGAGAAACAGGUACUUUUGGAAACUAACGAAAAAGAAGUUCAACGAUUGCAAGAACAACUUGCAUCGAUGCGCAGUGAAAAGGAAACGCUGGAGGGUGUCCUGUUUGAUACGCAAACUAAUUUAGAAAACAUGCAUGUGAAGAAGACGCAGUUAGAAAAAGAACAGAAGGAACUGUUAGUCAAACAGGAGAGCCUAAAAGGACAAGUAGAGAGACUGGUCAAGGAACUAGACAACAGUGAGAAACGAGCUCAAGAAAUGAAGCAAACAUUGACGCAGCAAAGUGGCGAUCAAGAAGCUGAAUUCCACCACAUUAUUUCAAACAUGAAGAAACACAGUGAAGAUAAUAUUCGAAAAUUGAACGAGGAAAAAGAGCAAAUCAAAAUAAACCUAGAGAAGCGACUUCAACAGUCUUUGUUGCAACUUAGUGGAGAUAAAGAUAACGAGAUUAAUCAGCUACAACAACGGAUAGAUGAAAUGCAGCAGCAUAUUGAAAAUCUGUGCCAACAACACGAAGAAGUUCUUCUGCGAGCGGAGAACGAUAAACAGCAAGCUCUUCUUAUGGCUCAUCACGAUCAACAAGCGCUAAUGGAGAAGCUUGAAAGCGUUUUACGAGAUAUGGAAGAAGAGAAGAACAAUGUGGAAAGGAUAAAGAGAGAAGCCGCGGCGCGUGCUGAGCAAGAACGUAAUAAUACCAAUCAAUUACGCGAGGAACUGAAUCGUCUUAAGACGAAGUUAGAGGAGGCUAAGUUGAGGUCUGACGAAGAGAAAAUAAAGCUCGAUUUAAAAAUCGAAGAACUUUGGAAAGAACGUGAAUCAGGAAAACUGAAAGAUGCUGAAAAUCUUAACGAAACCGUACGCAAAGAAUUAGUGGAUGUUAGAAGACAAUUAGCCGAGUCCACGUAUGAGAAAGAAAAGUAUCAUAACAGUAACAAAGAAUUACGGGAGCAUGUUAAACGUAUCGAGAGCGAAAAGAGGGAACAGACUCGGACAUUGGAAGAGUCGUACCAGAAAAUUGCUGCUCUGGAGGACAUGAAAGUGACUAUAGACGCGGAAAGAUCGCGUCUUCAGGCGCAACUUCGCGAUAUGGAACGUGAAACGUUGCAACUCCAGAAGCAAUUACGGUUCACGCAAGAUGAACUGCAGAAGUCACACGAGAGCAACGCACAAGCACAAAGCGAUGAAAAAGAAUUACAAGCACGAUUGACAAACGAAACAGAAGAAAGGGAACGCUUGCAGCUGCAACUGCACCAAGUGAAGAAGCAGUUGGUAGAUGUGGACAACAGUUUAGAAGUGACAAGGCAAGAGCUUGGAAGACUACGUUCCCGUGCUGACGAAGAGGAUGAAAGAUGGCGAACGAGGGAACAGGAACUGUUGGUUCGACUUGAGGAUUGUCGAUGCCGAGAGAGAAAACUCGAAGAUCAGAAACAUAAUCUGGAAGUUUGUUUAGCCGACGCGUCCCAGCAGAUUCAAGAACUGAAAGCGCGACUUGGAGGAUCCGAAGGACGUGUUAGAGCCCUGGAUGCUCAGCUGUCGCAACUGGAAAUGGCGAAGAAAGAUGUCGAGCAAAAAUUGAAUAGCGUUGGUUCUACCUUGCGUCGUAUCGCCGGCAUUCAAAUGGAUGGAAGUGUCAACAUGCCUUUUAAAUUGAUGAGUCCAUCGAGGAGAUGGAGCCCAGCAAGAGCUCAAGAGCAUGCUGAUUCUAGCAGAGAUGUUAUAUUCGAUGUUGAUCCUGAAGCUAUUAGAAAGGGUGUGCGAGCUCUUAUGCAACAGGUGGCUCAAAUUGAACGUGAAAGGGAUGAUUAUAAAACGGAAUUGUGUAACUUGAAAAAACAGUUAACGGAAACUCAAGAAACUCAGAAUAAGUCAGAUAGUCAAAUAAACACGUUAUUGGCUAAUAUCAAACAUCUGCAGGAUGAAAAGAAUUCGUUGGAAGUGAAACUGUCCCAAAGACAGGGUAGUUACGAAAUGCAGUUGAACGUUUUACAACAAAAGACUGAGGAAUGCGAGCACUUACGCGAGAAAGUGGCGAAUCUUGAAUUAACGAUUAGUAAUUGUACCGAGGAGAAAAUACAAUACGAGGACAAGUUAGACAAACUGAAACAAGCCUUGAACAGAAUGGAGAAUGAUAAGCGGAAUUUACAAGAGGAGCUUAACAGAAGUGAGUCCCGCGCUACAAAGCUAGAGUUACAAAGAAUGUCGUUAGAAGGUGAUCUCCAAAGACUGCAAAUGAUGUUUCAAGAGAAAGAAACGAAUAUUCAUAAACUGCAAGAAAGAAAUGAAACGCAGAGUAGAGCUAUGGCAAGUUUAGAAGAACGUUGUAGUUCAUUAAAAUCAACCAUAGAACAGUUGAAUUUAGCGUUAGAAAAAGCAUCGAACACAGAAACCGAAUUGAAGAGCGAAAUUAAUUCUUUGCAACGUAAUGUUCUCGAAUUAACAACUUCAUUGCAGACAUCUAACGAAAAAACCAAACAGUUACAAAAGCAACUCACGAAUGCUGAAAACGAGCGAAGAAUUCUGACAGAACGCGUAGAAUCGUCGCAACAGUCCUUGAGCGAUCUAAAGCGUACAAAUCAAACGUUAACGGAUCAAAUAAAUCGUCUGCAGAAUGAAUUGGCGAACAAUGAAGUGCAACGCUGCACAUUAGAGUCGCAAUUAAGAAUAGUCAGUUAUCCGCAAGAGGACACAACGAAUAAGGACGAGGAGCUAUUGCGUCAGCUGCAAACAGCACAGAGGGAGAGGAGCGAGAUGAGAGGAAAAGUGGACGCACUUAAUGAUAAGGUGAAGUUGUUGGAAAACGAUAAACGUAAUUUGGAGCGACAGUUAUCAUUGGUUAAAUCAACCAGCGUUCGUAGUAAGAGCUACGAACGGCCAGAGAAGGCCCACGCAGAACUAUUGGGCACGAGUUUCGACGUGGAUCAUUACGAACAGGAAAAUCGAGAAUUACGAUUGAAAGUCCGUAGAUUAGAAACACAGCUUGCGGAAAAGGAAGCCGAGCUGAUAAGAGUGAAGUCCAGUUACGUUCAUAGUCAUUCAAUGUACGAUUUCGGUCGAGAUAGAACGGGUGAAAUUGAGAGACUUAGAGCUGCCCAACUGCAGGCAGAAAAAUUGUUGGAAGCAAGAGAACAGAGCCAUCGUCAGCAAGUAUUACGUUUGGAGAAUCAGAUUCAAUUGCUACGGGAACAACUGAAUCAAGAAAUAAAACGUCGACAAUUAUACGUCCUGCGAAGUUCAAGAGCUGGUAGGGAAAUGCAACAUCUAAGACAGGCUUUAGGUGACUCGUUGAGAACAGUAGCACAAGAUCCAUCAUUAGACGCAGUAUUAUUAGAACACGAAGCUCGUAAGCUGGACUCUACUUUGACAAGUACCACCAGUUUACCACCGUCAUUAGCAUUACCUCCGUCAACGUCUUACGAUAGAUCUUCCACACCAGCACAGCUCAAAUGA